UGCAGGGAGGAGCGAAGGUUCUGGGCUUUUUAGGACUGAUAACGGUGACAACAAAUCCUCCGCUUUAGUGGGCGAAGAAGUCGUAGACAGUCGUGGGGUUCGCCGAUAGGGAUUUCAUCGAGGUGGCGGAGGAGAAGAGUAAAAGCUAGCUGGCUGGCUAUCUAGCGAACCUAGCGAUUGUAGCUAGCUAGCCAGGUAGCUGCAUUUCAGCUAACGUUAGCUAGCUCGCUGCCUGUCCAUCGUACAAGUAGCCUGCUAACUAGCCAGCUAGCUAACGUUAGCCAAGGACCUCUCGAAAUCGCCAGGUCGGUACCGUGCUGACGGCGCCCCUGUCCCUCCGUUACCAGCCUGCUACCUUGUGUGCGGGUCCCAAGAAUGAUAAAGAAUGAGUCAAAGAGAUACCCUGGUGCAUCUGUUUGCUGGAGGAUGUGGGGGCACGGUGGGUGCCAUUCUCACCUGCCCGCUGGAGGUGGUGAAGACCAGGCUGCAGUCGUCCUCCGUCACCCUCUACAUCUCUGAGGUGCAGCUCAGCACCGUCAACGGAGCCAGCGUGGCCCGAGUGUCGCCCGGCCCCCUGCACUGCCUCAAGUUAAUACUGGAAAAAGAAGGCCCUCGUUCUCUGUUCAGAGGGUUGGGGCCUAACCUGGUGGGUGUGGCUCCGUCCAGAGCGAUAUACUUCGCCGCUUACUCCACCGCUAAGGAGAAGCUGAACGGCGUAUUCGAACCCGACUCCACGCAGGUGCACAUGGUCUCCGCGGGGAUGGCAGGGUUCACCGCCAUCACAGCUACCAAUCCCAUCUGGCUGAUAAAGACACGCCUGCAGCUAGAUGCCAGGAACCGGGGGGAGAGGCGCAUGAGCGCUUUCGAGUGCGUGCGGCGGGUCUACCAGUCGGACGGGCUGCGGGGCUUCUACAGAGGCAUGUCGGCCUCCUACGCCGGCAUCUCAGAGACUGUCAUCCACUUCGUCAUUUACGAGAGCAUCAAGCGCAGACUGAUGGAGUCUAAGGCCUCGGCCAGCAUGGCCAACAUGGACGAGGAGGACGAGUCGGUGAAGGACGCCUCGGACUUUGUGGGCCUCAUGCUCGCCGCAGCCACGUCCAAGACCUGCGCCACCUCCAUCGCCUACCCCCACGAAGUCAUCCGCACCCGACUACGAGAGGAAGGCACCAAGUACCGCUCUUUCUUCCAGACUUUAUCCAUGGUUAUCAAGGAGGAGGGCUACCGAGCCCUUUACCGCGGUCUGACCACUCACCUGGUGAGGCAGAUCCCUAACACGGCAAUCAUGAUGUCCACCUACGAGCUGGUCGUCUACCUGUUGAACGGUUAACCCCCGCCCUGCACCACCACCCAGAGAGAGAGAGAGAGAUGGGGAGAUAGUCCCUGUGGGGGGACGUCCCGUCGGAGACCAAAAGUGACAGAGAGGACCUGGGAGGCCACAUUGCACCCCCACAUACUGGUGGGGCGCAGGAAUUGUUGCAUAAAAAAUGGAGUGUGGGGGGGGGGGUGCUCACAACUACACACACUGUCAAACAGGAAGUAGAACUUAAAAAGAAAAAAAAAAAAAAAGCAGACAGCCAAAAGUGUAAGAUUUGUCUGUCCAGUCCACACUUUAAAACUAACCCUUCUCCCUCUCUUUCUCUCUCUCACAUUCUCUCUCUCUCUCUUUUUGCCCUCUCACUCUUUCUCUCCCUUUCUGUCUCUCUCCUGAGAAAAAGCUGCUUAAGGACAAGUGUGUUUGAAGGAGUACACCAGACGGGGGAAUGCUUGAAAACAAGUACAGUUUCAUGAAAGAGAGAAUUGAGAGGAAUCUGUACACAUUUCACUUGAAUACAAGUCGGAAAUUCAUUUGAAGAACUCCCCCCCCCCCCUUCAGUUUUAAUACAGAGGCAUUUUGCGUUGUGACUUGCUUCUGGCAAUUGUUUUGGACCAUAUUAAAACACGUACAUUUUGAGCAUGCAGUGUGUGCGAUAUGUUUGGAGAGUAGUGUAAAAAAAUUUGUGCAUUAUGGGGUGGUAGGGUAGGUGUGAAAGUCAGGUGGGUGGUGUUGGGCUCUGGUUUGAGGUACUCCUAGUACUUCCUGCAGCCACAGAGUUGACCAGUGGCAAAAAACACACGGUCCACACCUGUGUUGAACCAAACUUUUACUAGCACCAAGGACAUUUCUGACCGCAUUCAGAGCGCACAGAGAAUAAGAAAUUCGGUCUCCCCUUUUUUUUUUUUUUGCACUAUGUCA